AUGAAUGAAAACAUUCACUGUCCAUUAUCUUCUGCGGAGUAUAAUGAGCCACAUACCUCGGGCUUGCAGCUAGCCAUGUUAGCCUGUAAUAAUGGGAGUGAACAGCCAGCAGAGCCCACAAAUCCCUCCAAUGAAAAAGCCAGCCUCCUGAAUAGCGCUGAGCCAUCCAGAGCAAAGGAACGCAGAAGCCCAGCCAAUGACAGCACCGGCCAUGGGGCCGAACAUCUGGAAAUGGCACCAGACCUAUGGAAGCAGAGCGAAAUGCAGAGAAACAGGGUACAGCAAGCACAAUCAGAGAGUGACAGCAGCAGUGUCAACGGUCUGGUGCUGACGAACGGUUUGCAUACAGAGUUUGAGCCGAGGAAGGAGAGGGACUUUGAUGGCAAGGAGGUAACAGAGACGCAGGGCAGCACAGCGCCAAGGAGAAGUGACGCUGACUUGGAGGAGAGGGACUCGCCAAGCAAGGAGCUGUAUAGCGAGCUGCUCAGUGGUGUGCAUUUGCAGACCUUCCUGGACUCUCCAGAGGUGUUAAGUGCUGGGGACUCAGAGGAACAGCUAAGGUUUGCAGCUGGAGAAGCCAAGCAAAGUUGCACGGAGGAUGACAAGGAAGAGUUGCAAUUGAAAGACAUCAGGGAUGGAUUCAGCUCUACCUUUGAAAAAAUUGUGGAGUCCGACCUUAUGAAGGGCACGUACUACAGCAGCCUGGACUCCCUGGACGUGCUCUCCCUCACAGAUGAGACAGACAGCUGUGUCAGUUUUGAGGCUCCGCUCACUCCGCUGAUUCAGCAAAGGGUCAAGGAAAGCCCUGAACUUUUAGAACAGAAACUGGUUGCCCAGCAGAAAGGAGCCCUGCAACACAUGGCGGCGGAGAAGCAAGAGCAGGCAGCCGUGAAGCCAGCGGAGGAGGAUCUGGGGAGCCCUCUGAGGCACUCAAUUACCAGCAGCAGGUCGGAAAAUGUGCUCAGCCGGUUAUCCUUGAAAAAUAUCCCUAAUGGAUUCCACGUCGAUGGAGCUGAGGAAGAUGCCUUGAAGCUUAUUAACUCCAUCAGUGAUGCCAGCUUAAAAGACACUCUUUCCGACUCGGACUCUGACAUGGGCAGCACCGAACAGCUUGACCAUGGCAGCACGGACACAUUAGCAAAUGGCUGCAAGGCAGAUAGUGAUGCUGCCAAGAGACUGGCCAAGCGCCUCUAUCACCUUGAAGGAUUCAAGCGCUGUGAUGUGGCACGCCAGCUUGGGAAAAACAAUGAAUUUAGCAAGUUGGUAGCAGAAGAAUAUCUCAGUUUCUUUGACUUCACUGGGCUCACCCUGGACAAAGCACUCAGAACGUUCUUGAAAGCGUUCCCUCUGAUGGGAGAGACACAGGAACGGGAGCGUGUGCUGAUCCACUUCUCCCGGAGAUACUGCCAGUGCAACCCAGAAGAGAGCACGUCGGAAGAUGGGAUUCAUACACUGACCUGUGCCCUGAUGCUGCUAAACACAGAUCUUCAUGGCCACAAUAUUGGAAAGAAGAUGUCAUGCCAACAAUUUAUAGCAAACCUGGAUGGCUUAAAUGAUGGGCAGGACUUUGCAAAGGAUCUGCUGAAGACACUGUAUAACUCAAUCAAAAAUGAGAAGCUGGAGUGGGCCAUUGAUGAGGAUGAGCUGAGAAAAUCGCUGUCGGAACUCGUGGACGACAAACUAGGAGCCAGUGCAAAGAAAGUGACGCGGAUCGUAGAUGGCAGCAAUCCUUUCCUGGACAUUCCCCAGGCGCUGAAUGCAAUUACCUAUAAGCACGGCGUCCUCACCCGGAAAACCCAUGCUGAUACAGAUGGGAAGAGAACCCCGAGAGGAAGAAGAGGAUGGAAGAAGUUUUAUGCUGUGCUUAAAGGGACCAUUCUUUAUUUGCAGAAGGAUGAAUAUAAACCUGACAAAGAUCUCUCUGAAGUGGAUCUGAAAAACGCCAUCCGAGUUCACCACGCCUUAGCCACCAAAGCCUCUGACUACAGCAAAAAAUCCAAUGUGCUCAAGCUGAAGACAGCCGACUGGAGAGUUUUUCUCUUCCAAGCUCCAAGCAAAGAAGAAAUGCUCUCCUGGAUACUGAGAAUAAACCUAGUGGCUGCCAUUUUCUCUGCCCCCGCCUUCCCGGCUGCCAUAUGCUCCAUGAAGAAAUUCUGCCGUCCCCUCUUGCCAUCUUCAAUGACUAAGCUGUGCCAGGAGGAACAGCUGAGGUCCCAUGAAAGUAAGAUGAGGCAGAUUGCAGACGAAUUAACAGAGCAUAAAUUACAUCCUGUAGAGAAAAGCCUCAAGUCAAAAGAGGCUGAAGAAUAUAGGCUGAAAGAGCAUUACCUAAUAUUCGAGAAGAGCCGCUAUGAGACGUACAUUAACCUGCUGUGCGUGAAGAUAAAAGUCGGGACGGAUGAUCUGGAGAAAAUCGAAGCCAGCCUUUUCAUGGUGGAAGCUGAUGAUAUCUCCUUGCGGAAGACACAUUCAAGCCCUUCCCUGAGCCAAGGACACUUGUCUGUACACAGCAAGGUGGAAAAGGACGUUAUAGAGCAGAACACUUAA